CCCGCUUAGGCAUCUCACCUCGUUUCCCCCUCAUAUUCCCAGCAUUGCGCUGUCGGAGGAUAUCCACUUCUACUCCAGAAAUGGGGCGGUGGGAGCAGAGUACUCCAAAUCGCAGGUGAGAGGAAGUACUCGGAGCAAGCUAGAGCUCCCACAUUGGAAGUCGAGAAGCUUCUCUGCACCAAUGCUCCGUAGUAAAUUGGGGGGGGUCGCCGGAUUAUCCCGACAGAGAAUCGAAUGGCAAUUCGCACUGUCCCACUGGGGGGAAUCUUGCGAGACACCUCCGCACGCACGUUGUCGUGGUUCAGAAUUCAGGAAUGCAUGUGGGGGUGGGGUGGUGUGCGGAGAGAUUUGUCCUUGGUCAUGGUCGGUCCAUGUGCUGACUUCUGAGCCUGUGAGGUGGCCUGCCCGGGGUGGCCCGAGGCAAUCGAUAAUCAUAAUAAUCAUCAUAAUAACGAGUCGUGAGACACGACUCGGACUCGCAAGAAUUACCCAGUGUAAAAACUACAUGAAAAUUUGCAGCUUGAAUGCUAUGAGAAAGUCGUAAGAUGAGGAGAGGAUUUGCAUUAUCUAACUAUCCAAUAAUGUAUGUAGAAUGAUCAAGAUGGGGAGGCAUAAUCGCCAGUAUGCUAGUAAAUACGUACCCUAAAAAG